AUGGGAGAGGCAGCGCGUGGAGGUUGUUGUCCUCCGAUGGAUCUGUUCCGUUCAGAGCCGAUGCAACUGAUUCAGCUCAUCAUUCCCAUCGAAUCCGCUCACUGCACUGUUUCCUACCUUGGUGACCUUGGCCUUCUUCAGUUUAAAGACCUCAAUUCAGAGAAGAGCCCCUUUCAACGAACUUAUGCAACUCAGAUAAAAAGAUGUGGAGAGAUGGCUCGUAAAUUGCGUUUCUUCAAGGAGCAAAUGUUUAAGGCAGGUGUUUCACCAAAAGGUUCCACAACACAGUUUGAUGUGAACAUCGAUGACCUUGAGAUAAAACUUUCAGAAAUUGAGUCCGAGUUAACUGAGAUGAAUGCAAAUGGUGAAAAGUUGCAACGCACAUACAAUGAACUUGUUGAGUAUAAGCUUGUUCUGCAGAAGGCUGGUGACUUUUUCCACUCAGCUCAAAGCCGUGCCAUAGAGCAGCAGAGAGAAUAUGAAUCACGCAAUCUGAGUGGGGAUUCUAUGGAAGUACCUUUAUUACAGGACCAAGUAGAUAUCUUACCUGGCUCAUAUCUAACUUUAUUCUCGUAUAAUGUUGGACAACCUUCAUUUAAUGAAUCUAAUCCUGCAAUUUGUUUUGUUGUAAAGGAAUUAUCAGGUGAUUCAUCAAAGGCAGUUAAGUUGGGAUUUUUAGCAGGUCUUGUUCCCAGGGAAAAGUCCAUGGCAUUUGAGAGAAUUUUAUUUCGUGCUACUAGAGGCAAUGUAUUUUUGAGGCAGACUGCUGUUGAGGAUCCGGUUACAGACCCUGUUUCUGGAGAAAAGACUGAGAAAAAUGUUUUUGUCGUCUUCUAUGCCGGUGAAAAAGUGAAAGCCAAGAUUCUGAAAAUCUGUGAUGCCUUUGGUGCCAAUCGAUACCCGUUUGCUGAGGAACUUGGAAAACAAGCUCAAAUGAUUACAGAGGUUUCUGGAAGGCUUGCAGAAUUGAAGACCACCAUAGAUGCGGGGCUUUUGCACCGAGUUAACUUGCUGGAAAAUCUUGGGACUCAAUUCGAGCAAUGGAAUCUUUUGGUGAGGAAGGAGAAAUCCAUCCACCAUACCCUGAACAUGCUAAGCCUUGAUGUGACGAAAAAAUGUCUAGUGGCUGAAGGGUGGAGUCCCGUUUUUGCAACAAAGCAGGUCCAGGAUGCAUUACAGCGGGCUUCAAAGGACUCUAACUCCCAAGUCAGUGCCAUUUUGCAAGUUUUGCAUACCAGAGAGUUGCCACCUACCUACUUUCGCACAAACAAGUUUACGUCUUCGUAUCAAGGAAUUAUAGACUCAUACGGGGUUGCUAAAUAUCAAGAGGCAAAUCCUACUGUGUUUACUGUAGUUACCUUUCCGUUUCUUUUCGCUGUAAUGUUUGGUGAUUGGGGGCAUGGAAUAUGUUUACUACUGGCCGCUCUAUAUUUCAUAAUCAGGGAGAAGAAACUUUCUAGCCAGAAGCUUGAUGACAUCACGGAGAUGACUUUUGGGGGUCGCUAUGUUAUUUUCAUGAUGUCACUCUUCUCGAUCUACACUGGCCUGAUCUAUAACGAGUUCUUUUCUGUUCCAUUUGAACUCUUCGGCCCCUCUGCAUAUGAGUGUCGUGACCUUUCUUGCAGGGAUUCUACCACAAUAGGGCUGAUAAAAACGCGUCGCACUUAUCCUUUUGGAGUGGACCCUGUAUGGCAUGGUACACGUAGUGAAUUACCAUUCCUGAACUCUUUGAAAAUGAAAAUGUCAAUUCUUCUUGGAGUUGCUCAAAUGAACCUUGGAAUUAUAAUGAGCUAUGCCAAUGCAAGGUUCUUUAAGAACCACGUAAAUGUAUGGUUCCAAUUUAUCCCCCAGGUGAUAUUUCUUAACAGUCUAUUUGGCUACCUAUCCCUCCUUAUUAUUGUGAAGUGGUGCACGGGUUCUCAAGCUGAUUUGUACCACGUAAUGAUCUACAUGUUCCUGAGCCCAACAGAUGAUUUGGGCGAGAACCAACUCUUUGAGGGUCAGAAAAAUCUUCAGCUCGUGCUUCUGCUUCUGGCUGGUGUCGCUGUGCCCUGGAUGCUGUUGCCAAAACCCUUUAUUUUGAAGAAACAACAUGAAGCUAGGCACGGGGAUGAUUCCUAUGCACCACUCCCAAACGCGGAGGAAAGCUUGCAAGUGGAAUCAAGUCAUGAUUCCCAUGGUCAUGCGGAAUUUGAGUUCAGUGAAAUUUUCGUACAUCAACUCAUACACACUAUAGAAUUUGUACUUGGAGCAGUAUCUAAUACAGCUUCUUACCUUCGUCUGUGGGCCCUUAGUCUUGCUCAUUCAGAGUUAUCAAGUGUAUUCUACGAGAAGGUUCUGCUUAUGGCAUGGGGGUACAAUAAUGUGAUUAUCCUGAUAGUGGGUCUCCUUGUUUUCAUUUUUGCAACUGUUGGAGUGUUACUUGUCAUGGAAACUCUGAGUGCCUUCUUGCACGCAUUGAGGCUUCACUGGGUGGAGUACCAAAACAAGUUUUAUGAAGGAGAUGGUUACAAGUUCCACCCUUUCUCGUUCACAUUGCUAGACGAAGAGGAUGAGUUGAUAUAA